GCUUCGCUCGGAACCAUUUACAUUCAGCCGGGGGUUUUGAGGUGGUGGCAGCCAGGCCCUCACGUACCACGACAACCUGCUGCUCGAACACUUCUUGCGGCCGCUCCUCGAAGCAGUCACUGGAAACGGGGUCGUCUCCUCAUCGUCGAAUUUGGAAAACGAUAAUUCGUACGGUCGAGUCAGCUUCUCUUGUGCAGGGCUUCGGGAGAUUGGGUUCGAACUAUCAGGGACGAGAAUCUCAGAGCUCUUGGAAAGAAUUCUGUGGUCUCGGGAGGUGCAAUUAACAUCUGCUCUCAUGGCUCUUGCUCAAGGAGUUGCUGGUUCGGUUCGCGGGAUCGCUGGCCUGCAGAAGUCAGCUGCUGUGACUCACACGCCUGGCCCAGUGGAGAGAGUGCAGCUGAAUUUUCCAGGAAUUGGCGGAAGAGUAUCGAGGGAGCAGUGUGGAGGAAGCAGGAGCUUGCUCUCGGUGUCAUUCAGGGCUACCGAGCAGCAGAAACGAACGGUGCAAUGUAGGGCAACGGUGUACAAGGUAGAAAUGAUUCACGACGGUCAGACGGUCAUGCUGGACGUGCCGGAGGGCGAGUCAAUUUUGACGGUGGCGCUGGAAAAUGGCAUGGAUGUGCCCUAUGAUUGCAAUUUGGGCGUGUGCAUGACUUGCCCCGCCAAGCUGGAAAAGGGAUCUGUGGAUCAGUCGGGCGGUAUGCUCAGCGAUGAUGUGGUAGAACGAGGCUAUGCUCUCAUGUGCGUCGCGUACCCUGAAUCGAACUGCACCAUUCGGACGAUUCCCGAGGAGGAACUUCUGUCCCUACAGCUCGCCACUGCCAACGAUGCCUAGAGGCUUCUGAACUCUGGACUCGCCAUUUUGCCGAAGCAGCGUCGAAGCUGAGAUUAGAUAUGGAACACUGCCUCUGGAAAACCCUUAAAACUGUGGUCAUGGAGGCAAAUAUGAGUUACGAUUUCCUGUCUGUCACGGACAUAGGCAGAAGACAGAUUACUGAAGGGGAAACUAUUGUACGUAGGAGCAGAUUUUAGAGAUUAACUCUGAUAUGUGUCGAAGGUGUUGAAGAAAUCCUUCUUUUAGUUGGGUAGCUGAAUCCAAUUCUAUCACCCUGCCUCCUUUAGCUGGCAUGCUGAGCAUGAGAUAUCGGGAUACACACUACAGGAGAGACAUUCUCUCGAAUCAGGUUUCACCCACUCGAAACUAUUUUACGCCUUUUGUUGCCAACAACUUUUGUAUAAAAUGUGGUUGUUUUAUUUAUUCAGAGUACAGAUUGCA